GGUUCUGCAGCUUAAAAGCGUGCCCUCAGGACGAGAUGAGGGCAAACAAUCAUGUCAGCCCUGAGGACUCUGGCUUUUCUAGCUUUAGUUGCUUCCAGCAGUCAGGCUUCAGACUGCUCAUACGUUGGUCUUCUGGCACAUUUGAACCUGGCGUCAACUAAUGAUCUUCUAGCAACCAUGCGACCCGUGAAAGUCUGGACUACACCCACCCUCGUUCAUCUGGACAUGUUGUUGUAUGGCAUUUUAGAAGUGGAUGAGAAGUCUCAGACGGUCACAAGCCAAAUUUGGGUCCAAAUGUUUUGGACAAAUGAAUUCCUAACUUGGAAUUCUACAGACUUUUGCGGGAUAAAUAUGCUGACUGUUCCAAGAACCAGGCUGUGGAUCCCAGAUAUUGAAAUCCAAGAGGAUACCUCUGAUGCUGGGAGCAUUCACAAAAGUGCAGUCGUGAAAUUGUAUCCCAACGGUUCGAUGUUUGCAACUACACGAGAGCGGCUGACUUCCACCUGUCAGAUGGAUCUCUUGCUGUUCCCCUUUGAUACGCAAGAGUGUAACAUCACAUUUUCAUCCAUGACCUCAGAUGAAAACACUGUACAACUAGAGUCACGCAAGCGUGGCACGGCCCUCACUGAGGUCUCUGAUCAUUUAAUGGUUACAAAGGGCGAAUGGGAACUCCAAAACAUGAGAAUUAUUUUAAGAAAUGUAACCAAAGCAAGUAAAAGCAAACUCAUAUACAAGGUCUCAAUCUCCAGGAAGCCGAUGCUCUAUGUGAUCAAUUUAAUCGUCCCACUGCUCUUUUUUCUGGUCCUGGAUUUGGCCUCAUUCUCCAUCAGUGAGGCCAGAGGUGAAAAGCUGAGCUUCAAAGUGACGAUACUCCUGUCCAUCUCCUUCAUGCUGUUGAUUCUUCAGGACAUUUUGCCCUCCACUGAAGCAAACAUGCCAAUGAUCGCCAAAUACUGCCUUUUCAUCUUCACCGUUGUGGGGUUAAGCGUCCUGGAGGCCAUGCUGGUGGGCUACCUAUACGACCUGGAUGGUUGCUGCUAUAAGACGGCUCAAAGCCCUGCUGACGCACAAGAGGAUAUUCAGUUGGAAGUUGACAAUCAGAAAGAGCCUGCUGGAGCUGAAGGGAUCCCUGACAAAAGUUCCCUUCCUCUGGAUGGGCCUGUUGACGGCGACCUGCUGAAACUGAUCCUGCAGGAAGUGAAAGCAGCUCGACAGGAAGUUGAUGAACACAAAGACCAGAGAAAGACCGGACGCUACAGAAGAGCGGCUGUAAUCAUAGACCGUGUCUUCUUUUUCUUCUAUUUUUUAGCCACUGGUGUUUUUGUCUCAUUCAUGAAUACAUUGUGGGUUUCACAUAUAUACAACAAAUAGUAAUAAUUGGAUGUGUGUAUGAUCUGCCAGCGUGUCCUCUUAAAUCUGACUGUAAUGUUCUUUUUUAAACAACUAAACAGAAUAUAAAGAGAUCCUAAUGAUCUUUAAAUCGUUAUUGGUUGAAUUAUUGAUCAUGCAUGACCUGUGAACUAGUGGUACUUUUGUCAAUGAAUGCCACAUUUUUGCUGACAUGUGAACUUUUAUUGUGUAUUUAGUUACACUUUUCUAUCACAGUACGUAAUAUCCUAGUACCUAAUUUUUCGAAGUAUAUUAAGUUAUAUUAAGUAGAGUAAACUAGUAGCUUCCCCACACUGAUUAUGAAUUAUAUUAUGAUAUUACAUAUAUAAUUAUAUUUUUGUGGAUCAACAUUUGUGUUGAAAAUGUUUCUUCUCUGUAUCUAUACUGCAUGUGAGACAAGAAAAAAGAAAGAGAGAAAGCAAUCGAUUUAACAUACAACAUAUGUCUUAAAACUAUUAACAAAG